AUGGCAGAGAACCAGAAAUACAAAAAUAACCAAGAAUUGUAUAACAAAAGACUCAAGAAGCAGAACUUACAUGAAAAACUUGAUUUCAAAAAAUUGGAACCAUACAAAAUCAUGAAGUGGAUUGGAAGAGUCAACUACAAACUCCAGCUACCCAAAAAGAUGAGGAUACACCCAAUAUUUCAUGUCUCAUUAUUGGAGAAAGCACUGCUGCAUGCCAGAGAAAUGCCCAUGGAGAUUAAUGAAGAACAAGAAUAUGAAGUUGAACAGAUACUAGAUCAUCAGAAGAUCAGCAGAAAACUUCACUACUUAGUGAAAUGGAAAUGGUAUGAUAUCUUGAAAAACAUGUGGGAACCAACAGAAAAUCUCAAGAACACCUGA